AUGGCAACUUGGGAGUUACAGCGGAUUGAGCAUCUUCCUUUAGAGCUUUGGGAACUCACAGAUGUGGCCUUCUUCUUCCUGAAAAACUUGGACGCCCAGAAGUCCCAGAUUGUUCAAAAUCAUACAGUUUGGUGUUUUCGUCAACCUAACCAAGACAGGGAACGCUGGCCUGUCGCUCAACUCUACAAAUUACUUCAUCCGUUUAUCUUCUUCCAGAAGCAAGUGAACUAUAGACCUCAGAACGUCAUUACUCUUGACAAAUACAGCAUGCGAAACAGAAAAAGGAGUACCUGUAAGUUUCUAGUGAAUGGAAGUGGAAACAAAAGUACAAGAUUUUCAGAAUGA